AUUUCAUGUCCAAAAAGGGCAAGAAAGGCAAAAAAGGAGAGGAUAAUGAUGAAUCCACUACCCAAAUUAUGAGAUUUUACAAUAGAAAGAUCUAAAGUCUUGGAGUGGCACAAAACAAAAUAUUUGUUUAAGCAGUUGCAUAAGCAAUAGAAAAUCAAGAGCAUUUAACUACUGUAAUUCAUAACACUCAAAUUUAGCUUCAUAUUAUCGAAGAAAUCGGGCCCAAUGCAAUUAGAGGUAUUUUUGAGGCAUUAAUGGAUCUAAAGUAAAUUAAUAUAUUCAAAAAUAGUUACAAGCAUUUGGCCAACAUCUGGUUAGUGAAAGCUGGUCUCGGAUUAAACAAUAAUGAAGGUGUCAAAUAUUUGGCCAAUUAUAUUUAAAAAGCGUAGAAUACUAAAGUAUUGGAUUUGACAGAAAAUGAAAUCACUCCACAAGGUUGCAUCCAUCUCGGUUAUGCCUUGUCACCUGCUUUCAAGGUUCCAUUAUAAGAACUCAUUCUUGACUUUAAUUAUAUUGGCUGCGAGGGAAUGAAAGAAUUAAGCAAGGGAUUGGAAAUGAAUAGUAAACUCUUAUUUUUUAUAUUCUUAAGCAACAAUUAGAAAAUUGUCAUUAAACUAUUGUAGAUUAGAUUUAGAAAGCGUUAAGUAUAUUUAGGACAUUUUAUCUUUUGUUGAUUGCGAUUUAAGAUAUUUAUUUUUAGAGGGAAAUUAUUUGAGAAAUCAGGGGUAAUUGAUGAAUUCAUUUUAGUGUGUAUUAGUUGUUUAGAGCUCUAGAGACUAAUGAAUGGUUAGAGGAAUUGAAUAUAGCCAAUAAUCAAUUUGGUGAGUCUGAAGAUGUCCCUCUUAUUGAAAAAAUAUGUGAAGUAUUAACUAAAAAUAAUUCUAUCCAAGUGUAUGAUUUUAGAGGAAAUGCUUUGUAUGAUGAUUGUAAUCAUGAUAUUUAUUAAAUAGCCGCAAAGAAAUUCCUGGAGUGUAUCAAAAUGUACAAAACAGUUUGCAGACUUGAAGUUCCUAUUGAAAUUUAAAAUGCAAUUCUUGAAGAAAUCAAAAAGGUGACAAAGAAAAGAAAGAGAAGAAAGAACAAGAAAAAAAAGUCGAAGAAAAAGAAAAAGGCUAAAAAAUGA